AAACUACUCAUAAGAUUGCUGAAAACUCUUCGACAGCCCACGACCAAUUCCGCCCUUCUUGAGGCUCAUCAGUUAGGCUCAGUCCCCGAGGUUUCGUCAACGUUAUUUUCUACUUUAACCCAAAUUGCUCUGUUUUCGAGAAAUACACUCAUUUGCAAAUCAUUUUGGUUUUCACGAGAGACUCAAGUGAAUCUCAUUUAUGAUAUUCUACAACUGAAUGAGCUGCACACAGACUGCCUCAUGUUUCAGAAACUACUCACAAGUUUACUGAAAACUCUUCGACAGCCCCCGACCGGUUUCGCCCUACUUGGAACUCAUCAGAAAUACACUCAUUUGCAAAUCAAUUUGGUUUUCACGGGAGACUCAACUGAAUCUCUCCUUCAUGAUAUUCUACAACUGAAUGUGCUGCAAACAGGCCGCCUCAUGAGUCAACUGGCACGAUUUUUGAGAUACCGAAAACACUCCAAUUUGGGUUCAAAUAGAACA